GUCCCGUCAUUGCAGGCCGACGCCGCCCAGGCCGAGCGCCUCGCGCAACUUCAGCAAGUCAACAGGGAGCACCAGGAGAAGCUCCGGCAAUUAGAGGCAGACUUCGCACACCGCUGCGAAGAGCGCACACAGCAGCUCACGGCGGAGCUCGAAAGGAAGAGUCGAACAGAGGCGGAAAGACAGGUGGAGGAGAAGACGCGCCGCUUGUGUGAGCAGUUGGAGAAGGAGAAGCUAUUGCAGAUGGAAAAAGAAGUUCAGGAGAAGUUGCGCCCAUCAUCCACAGUUCUCGAGCGGGAAGCGCGGGCCGUGCUUGAGAAGGAGGCCGAGGAGCGUGUCAGAAGCUCGAUCCCAGAGUUCGAGCGGGCGGUGAAGGAGCGGCUGGAAAGAGACGUGGAAGCAAAGGUCCGGGCUUCCCUGCCACAGCUCGAGUUGCGCCUUCGGCAGGAGCUAGAAGCAGAUGCUCUCAAGCGCGUUUCGGCGGAUCGACAUCAGAUUGAAGAGGCAGCAAGGAGGCGGCUUGAGCAGGAAGCUGAAGACAAAGCCAGGAGAGGUCUUCCAGACAUGGAAAGAACCGCGCGGGAGAAGCUCCAGAAACAGGCUGAAGACACGGCCGCGGCCAUCGACAAGGUCGCUAUUGCGGCCGAGGAGAAGGUACGGGCAACCGCCUCCAGCAUUGAGGCUGAGAUCCGAGAGCGUUUGCGGAGAGAGUCGGAAGACCGAAAGGUUGAGCUCCCUGUCCUGGACCGAGAGGAACGCGAGCGAAUUCGCAAGGACGUCGAACAGCGUGAGGAGCUGAAAGUUCGUGAAGCAGCCGUGAUGGACAGACAACACCUCCUGGACGAGAGGGAGGAGGUCUUAAAGGGCGCAGAGAGACUUCUUCGCCGCCGCGAAGUUGAGAUAGAAGGCCAAGCGAUGCGCUGGGCGCAGAUGCAGACGCCGCCGACGCCUCGAAACCACGGGGCCUCCGGCCUCGCAGGUACUUGGCCGAGCCCGGCCGCGCCGGUCGAAAGUCCUGUGGAGCGUCCAACACUUGCAGUCACCACUCAAGCGGGCCCUGCCGCGAUGCAAAGCAGCGGUGGCAAGAUCGGAACCGGAACUGUCGAGUCGCUGGACCUGUCGCCGCAAGAUGCCUCUCCCGGACAGGAGGCCAAGGGCGAAGGCGUGGAGGCCGCGCCACCGUCCACGAAUCUCCCCGGCGAGGCUGCACCUCUUCAGCAGGAGUUGGACGAGGAGAUCGAGGAGAUGCUUGCAUCCGUGGUCACCAUGAAGCCCCAGGCGCAAGCGGAGAGGACGAUUGACCCUACAAAUACCCCUUUUUGCAUCAUGAGCUCCGAAGGUCGCUUGGCCGUUGCCGGCGUGUUGGCUGGAGCUGCCUCCAUGGCUUGCUCAGCCAAGACUGCCACGGUUCCGACGGCUGGUGCUUCAGCUUCUGGCCUCGCGGCCGGACUUGUCGGAACCGCUGGUAUGGUUCAGAUGGCGAAGAUGGCAAAGAACCGAAAGCGCACUCGAGUGCCCCGCUUCCAGCAGGCUCCAAGGCAGGCGGCAGUGGCAGAGCGCAAGACGGACCUGUCCGGCGCUUUGCCCGAUUGCCCUGCAACAAUCUGGAAUGCGGAGGACAUCGACGUGCAGAACCUGCCGGCCAUCAAGCAGACCGCGCCUCUCAUCAUCGAUGCUGCUGAGCUGGGGGAUGAGCUCAAGAAGGGAACGGAGAAAGAGUGGUUCCUCUCGCAGCGGGAGAAGAUCAUGAAGCAGUUGCAAGAUCAUGGUGCGAUUUGGUUCCGGAACUUCGAGUCCACGAAGGAUGCUGAAGGCUUCCGGGCCUUCUACGAGGCACUGCAGCUCAACCCGUGCCUUGAUCCUAUCCACACAUCAGGGCUUCGCGCCAUGGAGGUCCAGAAGCAUGCCGUCUACGAGGCAGUGAACAAGCCUUCACUGGCACAGCACUUUGUUGGUUUACACAACGAGUCGACCUUUGUGAAGACCGCCACCUACGGAGCUUUCGUCUGCUUCGAGCCGGCCUCUGAGGGAGGUGGAGAGUUCUUCAUUGCAGACGGGGCCAAGAUCGUCAACGACCUAGACAAAGAUGUCUUAAAGCGGAUCUACGAGAACAAGGUGCGAAUCUCCGUGAGCAACCUGGACCUCAACUUCCUCAGCGGCCUGCCAGAUGGCUUCAGAGAGCAGGUCUCCGACUAUCUGCAGGAUUUGAUCUUGAAGGUGGUCGCCCCGAAGUUUGAGAUGGACUUGGAGAUGGUGUUCGGUGCAGACCAGUCCAACCCUUACCGCCUGCAAGCCAUCGAGCAUGCCCAGUCGCCGAUCAACAAGCACCCCGUCACCGGUCAGCCGGUGUGGUUCUGCAACUUGCACAACCACAGCCGAUACUUGCGCGACCGACGCCCGUGCACGGUACCGGAGGUGGGAAUGACAGACGUGUACAGCGGAGACCUCUCCACAAUUCCCUAUGACGAUGUCCGGCACAUCAAUGAGGUUUGUGAGCGCAACCUGGUAACCAUGCCUAUGAAAAAGGGCGAUGUUGUCCUCCUGGACAACUACCGCGUGCUGCAUGGGCGCAACACUUUCAAGGGUGACCGCAAGCAUGCCGUAACUUGGUUCGAGUCUUGUGGUGAGCAGCUGCAGCGUGAGGAUUCGAACAAGGACAAACCUGACGACUUCAUGAACACUCUCAUCAACAAGACUCUAGUCUGA